CGAUAUGAAGAUAUUGGUACUACGUCAGAAGGGACCAGGGGCGCCAUGUUUGAUAGAAACAGUUUUGGACAGUGAUCACAACUUCUGUGGCAGCUAGCUCGUAAAUCAAGGAUUUCUGUAGAGUUAUUGGAACUAAUCAAGGAAAAAGCAUACAGUGGCAAACAUGAAUGUCGUAGAUCAUGUGCGGGAUAUGGCAGCUGCAGGACUACAUUCCAAUGUCCGGAUUAUGAGCAGUUUGUUGUUGACAAUGAGCACAAACAACCCAGAACUGUUCUCUCCGGCACAGAAAUACCAAUUGCUGGUCUAUCAUGCCGAUGCAAUCUUCCAUGACAAAGAGUACCGCAACGCAGCUUCCAAAUACAACUCCGCUUUGCAGCAGAAGAAGGUAUUAAGCAAAACAUCCAAAGUGCGGCCAUCUACUGGUGGAACUACAUCAUCAGUCCAAGCACAGAGCUUGCCUUCAGAAAUUGAAGUGAAAUAUAAGAUAGCUGAGUGUUACACAAACCUGAAGCUGGACAAAGAUGCAAUUGCAGUUUUGGAUGGAAUUCCAUCUCGGCAGAGAACUCCAAAGAUCAACAUGAUGCUGGCGAACCUCUACAGAAAGGCAGGCCAGGAGCGUUCAGCAGUCACAAGCUACAAGGAGGUGUUGAGGCAGUGUCCCCUGGCUCUUGAUGCCAUUAUUGGGCUCCUGUCGCUGUCGGUGAAGGGUGCAGAGGUGGCCUCGAUGACCAUGGAUGUGAUCCAGAGCAUUCCCAACCUGGACUGGCUGUCCACCUGGAUCAAAGCCUAUGCCUUCAUACACGCAGGGGACAACCACCGAGCCAUCAGCACUAUCUGUUCCCUGGAGAAGAAGACUCUUCUGAGGGAUAACGUGGACGUCCUGGUCAGUCUGGCGGAUGUCUACUUCAGGGCCGGCGACACCAAAAAUGCCAUCCUGAAGUUUGAGCAGGCGCAGAUGCUCGACGCCUAUCUGAUCAAAGGUAUGGAUGUGUAUGGCUACCUGAUGGCUCGCGAGGGACAUCUAGAAGAUGUGGAGGUGCUGGGCGGUCGUCUCUUCAACAUCUCAGAUCAGCAUGCAGAGCCCUGGGUCAUCUCUGGGUGUCACAGCUUCUACAGCAAGCGCUACUCUCGCGCCCUGUACCUGGGCGCCAAGGCUAUCCAGCUGAACAGCAACAGCGUGCAGGCGCUUCUCCUGAAGGGGGCAGCGUUGCGCAACAUGGGUCGCGUGCAGGAGGCCAUCAUCCACUUCAGAGAGGCCAUGCGGCUGGCUCCCUGCCGCCUUGACUGCUAUGAAGGUUUGAUUGACUGUUACCUGGCCUCCAAUGGUGUGCGUGAGGCCAUGGGGAUGGCCAACAACAUCUAUAAGACCCUGGGGGCCAACGCCCAGACGCUGACCAUCCUGGCCACGGUGUGCCUGGCCGACCCUCUGACCCAGGACAAGGCCAAGGCCCUCCUGGACAAGGCUCUGGCCCAGAGGCCCGACUACACCAAGGCUGUGGUCAAGAAAGCCGAGCUGCUCAGUCGGGAACAGAAGUACGAGGAAGGGAUUACUCUACUGCGGAACACUUUAGCCAAUCAGAGUGACUGUGUGCUGCACAGGAUGCUGGGAGAUUUUCUCUUUGCCGUGAACGAGUAUCAGGAAUCCAUCGAUCAGUACAGCAUAGCACUCAGCCUGGACCCCAACGACCAGAAGUCCCUGGAGGGCAUGCAGAAGAUGGAGAAGGAGGAGAGCCCGAUGGACGCCACGGUGGAGCUGGACGGAGACGACAUGGAGGGCAGCGGGGAGGACGGCGACCUGGAGGGCAGCGACAGCGAGGCGGCGCAGUGGGCUGACCAGGAGCAGUGGUUUGGGAUGCAGUGACCCCCCCCACACACACACUAGGAGCAGUGGUUUGGGAUGCAGUGACCCACACACACACACACACACACACACACAACUGCAUAUACACACAACUCACCCGGACCAGGGCCAGUGGUUCGGUAUGCAGUAACACACACACACACACACACAAAUGCAUAUACACACAACUCUCCCGGGGCAGUGGUUCGGUAUGCAUUGACACACACACACACACACAGCCACUCAGCUCCUGCUCUGGUGGCGUGUUAUUCUGGUCUGUUCCAGAUGAGUGUCCUGUCACCAGAGCCGUCUGCCAUGGGGAUAUCCUCACCAGAUCAUCACCUCUGGAGUGUGGCCCCCCCUAGACUGAAAGGGCCACUAUACCUGUCUCAUGUUUGUUCUCUGAGUGCCCCCCCCCCCCCCGGACUAAAAGGGCCACCAUACCUGUGUCAUGUUUUUUCUCUGCGUUUGUCUGCUCUGUUUAAAUAAUGUUUGAAAGAACAGAGAAGUGAUUGGUUUGUGUCAUCAUGUAAAAAUAACAACUUCUCCGGGAGUCACAUAGUGGUCUGGAUAGUUUUGUUUUUAACAACCCCCUCCCCCCCCUUCCAACAGACCAUUGGGGCAACCAGUAACUGCCCCCAGAUACCACUGUGUUACCCAGUUUGCGCUCUCUCUUUCUUUCUUUUGCUCCCUCGCUCACUCUCUCUCUCUCUCCCCCUGGAGGCUCUCGUGGUCUGAUGGCAUCAAAUGAACGUGGAUGAGCAGUUGGCUUGUUUAAGAGGUCUUCUCCUUUACUUAGAUUCUUCUCUGAUGCCUUGCUAUUAUUGUCUGUGCCAUCCCUCUUUUGUGUGUGCGUGUGUGUGUGUGUGCGUGUAUGUAUGUGUGUGCAUGCGUGUGCGUUCGCGU